AGUUAAACACCAUUUAUGCACAUUUACAAACACUUUCCUAGUUUUGGACCCAUUUCCCCAAUCAUUAAGCCGAGUAUUUGGUACCCAGCACAGACAAAAACUCGUAGCAGCCGUCUAAAUAGUUGGCACACAACACACACUCCUUCCUUCCAAGUUUGCAUAUAUAAAAAGGCCAAGCACAACAAGCAAAGAGAAGCAAGAAACUCUGUUUUCUCAUACCUUAACUGAAGCAAUAGCAUAAGCAGUAUGGUUGGCCGUCGGAGUGCUCCCUCUGUUGCUUACUUCCUUGUGACUCAUGCUCUCUUCUUCUUGCUUGCCUGCCGCCUCUCUGCCUCGCAGCAAGCUCGGAACUACACUUUCGUCCAUGACGCGAGGACGGCGCCGGAGAUAUCGUACUACGACUACAUCAUCGUGGGAGGCGGCACGGCAGGGUGCCCGUUGGCGGCGACGCUUUCCCAAAACGCUACCGUUUUGGUCCUGGAACGCGGCGGCUCUCCUUACGGGGACCCGAACAUCACCUACUUGGCCAACUUCGGGGCUCCGCUCGCCGAUGCCUCCCCUUCUUCACCUUCCCAGCGCUUCAUCUCCGAGGACGGCGUCAUCAACGCCAGAGCCCGAGUCCUCGGCGGCGGUUCUUGCCUCAACGCCGGCUUUUACUCCCGCGCCGAAGCUGAUUACAUCAGGGAUGUGGGGUGGAACAGUGAGCUGGCGAAGCAGUCGUACGAAUGGGUGGAGAAGAAGGUGGCCUUCCAGCCACCGAUGAAGCAGUGGCAAUCCGCCGUCCGGGACGGCCUCAUUGACGCCGGCGUCUUGCCUAACAACGGCUUCACCUACGACCACAUGUAUGGCACCAAAGUUGGUGGCUCCAUUUUCGACACCGCCGGCCACCGCCAUACCGCCGCCGAUUUGCUCGACUACGCCAACCCCGAUGGCCUCACCGUGCUUCUUAAGGCCACUGCACAUAAGGUCCUCUUCCACACUAGAGGUACACAAGAAGGAAAGGCAAGGCCCACGGCCCAUGCAGUGGUGUUCAGAGACUCGACAGGAGCGAAGCACAGAGCGUAUCUGAACAGCGGAGCCCACAACGAAAUAAUCAUAUCAGCUGGGUCGUUGGGAAGCCCACAGCUCUUGAUCCUGAGCGGAGUGGGCCCAGUCGACCAGCUCAAGGCCCACAACAUUACAGUCGUACUGGACCAGCCCAUGGUCGGUCAGCUCAUGUCCGAUAAUCCCAUGAACGCCGUCUUCGUCCCUUCUCCGGUACCGGUGGAGGUUUCCCUAAUUGAGGUCGUCGGAAUCACUCAUUUCGGCAGCUACAUUGAGGCCGCCAGCGGCGCCAAUUUCGGCAGCUUCCCGGACAAUGACUACGGCCUGUUCUCUCCCAAGAUCGGUCAGCUGUCGACGCUCCCGCCAAAGCAGAGGACGCCAGAGGCCUUAGAGAGGGCAAUCUACAACAUGAGCAAGCUAGACAGGGCAGCUUUCAGAGGAGGGUUCAUCCUCGAAAAGAUCAUGGGGCCAAUCUCAACAGGGCAUUUGGAGCUAACAUCGAAGAACCCUAAUGUAAACCCAUCUGUGACAUUCAAUUACUUCAAGCACCCAGAGGACCUGGCUAGGUGCGUCCAAGGGAUGUCGACCAUAGAGAGGGUAAUUGGUUCGAAGCCAUUCUCCAAGUUCAGGUACGACACUCUGUCAGUCCCGCAGCUGCUCAACAUGACAGCAACGGCCCCCGUGAACUUGCUCCCGAGGCACAGCAAUUCGUCGGUGUCGUUGGAGCAGUUCUGCAAGGACACUGUGAUGACCAUAUGGCAUUACCAUGGAGGGUGCCAGGUUGGUGCUGUGGUUGAUCGUGAUUACAAGGUGAUAGGUGUUGAUGCUUUGAGGGUUAUCGAUGGAUCCACUUUUAAUGCCUCCCCUGGGACUAACCCGCAAGCCACUGUCAUGAUGCUUGGAAGGUAUAUGGGAGUUACUAUGUUGACUAAGAGGCUUGCAAGUGCUUAAGAAGGCUUGGAAUAAGUUCAUCAUCGUUGGGAAGCUGGCCAAGUGAUCCAUAGUAACCCUUCAAGAGAGAUUGUUUUCUGUGUUAUGCUUGUGAAAUCGAUGAACAUCUUUUCCUCCCACUUUGAAGGGGUUCAUAUAUCUAGUUCUAAUUUUCUGUUGUUGUUCUCUAUGAUAUUGGUCUUUUACUAUAUUAGUAGACAUAUAAUUAUUGAUGUCAAGAUUUAGAUUUUAUAAAUGUUUUGAGAGCACAAAGUUAAUUGUGGAGAUUUUUCGGUAUUAAUAUAGUAUCAAUAAAUAG